GAGCAUGCGGUCGUCCCGCUAUCGGCAGUGGAGUCGCAAGUGAAUGUUGCUGCAGCAUCGCAUCGCAUUGCGACUUCACCUCUGCUGCGACGUCUCCAGUCGUGUGGGCCGCGUUGAGGCAGAUUGCAGCGGCACUAUUGCUGCUGCUGCUCCUGGAUGACUCUUCAUUAUGGCCGCCUUCUCGCCCUCCGCCCCAUCCCACCCUCGCCCUGCUCUUCCGCCGCCGCCCUCGCACUCCAUGCCCGCGCCCCCAAUGCCGUCCUUCCCCCACCAGCAGUCGAGUGCCAGCACGAGCCAGGCCAGUCCACCUCCCCCGGCUGCCCAGCAGAGCGCGGACGGUUCGGAACGAGCACGAGCAUACAAGUCGCGCAAUAAGAGACCGUGUGAUUUUUGUCGGUAUAAGAAGGCUGCCUGCCACUUGGAGACAGCGCCGCCGUGCGAGCUCUGUAUUAGGUACAACAAAGAGUGCACCUUCCUCGAGUCUCCCGCGAAACGGCGCAGACCCAAUGACGCGGGAUCGGACCAGGAUGCGAACCAGAAUGGCAUGUACAAGAGCGCGCGAACGGGGAGCCACGACUCCACGCCGGCCUUUACCAAUGGCGGCAUUUUGGAUAUGCAGCACGAUCUGCUGCCAUGGGAGAACGGAAUCAACCCAUUCUCCGUCAACGGCAUGUCCACCUUGAACGGGGCCUUGCACAGCAACGAAUUCGCAUUCGAUCACUCUCUAUAUCCGGAGCCUGUGCCAUUUCAACCCUACGAGCCCAUGUCGAUCUCUACGGCCACGGUACAUACGCAUGAUCACCGCAACAACAACGGACACCGCCCCAGCUCGUCCCUGGAGCAUUCUACCUCACCGCAAUCCACUGCAGCGAGCUUGCCAAUCGAUCUAUCUCUGCCAUUCGAUUCAACCAGUGGUGAGCCUUCACUCGAUCGCCAGCAUUCCAGCAAUGCUCAAUUGGUGGGGCUUGGUGGCGAGCUGGACCCGUACCUCUUGUCGAGAUAUCGCUACGAUGAGCACAACGAGGCUUCCUUUCAGUCGCUACGAAUGCGUAAAAUGAAUAGUGGUCCGGUACAAGACCAGGACACAAUUCCCGCUUUCUUUGUAAUUCAGCACAAUGGACUGGCUUCCAAAGCUCAGCCGCAGGACAGAUCUGAAUCGAGCGAGAAAUGGCGCAGAGAGCUGGAAGAGCUCGUGCCGGCGGAAACUGGAAAGCGAUUGAUUCGGUUAUUCUACAAGUACGUGCAACCGUAUUUUCCCAUUUUGAGCCGCGAAGGUGGUGAACAGAAUGGUGGGGGCAUUAGGGAACCUCGAGAAGUGCCUCCUUGUGCACUGGCCGCCAUCUAUGGUCAUGCGCUACCGUUUUGUGCUUGGGACGACAAGCUCUGCGUGGAAGUCUACACACCACCAUCUGCCGACGCGCUAUUCAAACUGUCGUGGCUGUCGUGUCAGCCUCUUCUGCACACGCCAUCGAUCGCUGUUCUACAAACACUACUCUUGUUGGUUCAGCGACGGCCAACGAAUCGACAUGUUGGUGAUACGCCGUUCAAGUGGGUCAUGAUGUCGACCGCAGUCAGCAUUGCGCAGGCUCUAGGACUCAAUCGAGAUCCUACGGAUUGGCCGAUACCAGACUGGGAGAUCAAACAGCGAAAACGCUUGGCUUGGGCAACAUUCGUGCAAGAUAAAUGGUUGGCGCUCAAUUUUGGGCGCAGCAGCCACAUCCAAGCGGAUGACUGGGAUGUGCCGAAACUGACAGAAGACGACUUCCCUGAAGCAGAUCGCCGGUAUGAUGAAGAACACAUGUCAGACUUCAGCUGUCAUCACUUCCUGAAGCUGUGUGAGCUCACGCUGAUCGUCAACGACAUUCUACGGGAGCUCUUCAGCAUAAAAGCUACGAGGCAGCUUCACACCAGCCUCGAGGCUACCCUUGAAGUUGCGAAGCCUCUGCGGAUCCGUCUGACAGAGUGGUAUCAAGGCCUUCCCGCAGGACUACUACCUAGUCAACCAACCACUGGUGCACCAUCGACCACGGGUACUCCUACCAGCGAGAGGCGAAGGUCUGUUCAAUUUGAGCUUGACGGUAAUGGAUCUCUACAGCUAGCCUAUAUCACUGCCAAGAUCGAGCUUUUCCGCGCGAUGCUUCGUCCCAGAGUGACAGAUGCGAAUGCAGCGGCCAUCACUGCCCUGCGGACGGGUGCUUUGGCUGUUGCGAAAGAAAUCUCAACCUUUCUGGACGAUCUUCAUGCGCGAGAGCUAGAAGGUUUCUGGACAAGCUAUGCCAGGACCAACUUCACGAUCGCUUCCUCAUUCAUGCUCCUGCUUUUCGUAACCUCGCCGACGCUUAGUGAUGCCAAAGAAUGCCUUGGACUUCUGAACACUUGGCGCAGCUUAUUGCGGAUCAAGAGUAGAAGCUGCGACUUGUUGAAUCUUGCGCUACUCCGUCUCGAUGGUGUCUUUGUGGCAGGCAUGGACAAACUCAUUGAGCUCAGUCCCGCUGCAGAACAGGCUUGGAAGGAGAGGCGUGACAAGAAUGGGACCAGAUAAACAAGAGCAAUAGGAGGAGAUACCUUGGACAGAAAGUGGCUAUACGAGGCCAAGGAAUGAUGUUGAUGACUAUGAUCAUGAGUUAUGCUGGGAUGCGUUUGAAUCAUAUACCCCGAGUUGCGUUGCAUAUACUGAAUGUACAGCUUGCUGCGAAAAAGUCGGAUAGAAAGAUAUGAGGCUCAAGGCUUGACAGAAUAUGUAUAUAACUGUACAG